AUGAAUAGUCCUGAAUGGAUCAUAAUCUUAAUUGGUUAUAUAAUGUGUGUACUUAACGGAGCAGCUCAAUCAUUGUUCGCAUUUUUACUUGUCAAAAUAGUUGAGGCUUUCAAAUAUUGUUCAACCUCUGAACGACAUCAUCACGUGUUGCUUACUAGUUUUCUAUGUUUACUCUUGGGUGUUGUUUUAUUUAUUCUUCGUCUCAUUCAGUAUACAGCUUUUGCCAUAUCUGGAUCAAAAUUGACACAACGUAUUCGUUCGAAAGCUUUUGCAUGUCUUCUUCGUCAAGAAGUUGCUUAUUUCGAUCGACCUGAAAAUAGUUCUGGUGCGAUUUGUACGCGUCUUUCAACUGAUGCAUCAGCUAUUCAAGAGAUGACUGGUACACGAUUAGGAGUUCUUGCUGCUGAAGUUAUUCACAAUAUGCGUACAAUAAAACAGUUAUCAAUAGAAAAGGAAGUGUUACGACAAUAUUCUGAACUUAUUCAUAAACUAUUUAUGCAUAUUGCUGCAUCAAUCUCAGCUGCUGAAGCAUUUUUUGAUUUAUUUGAUCGAAAACCAACUAUCGACAAUGCAUCUACUGAAGGACAAGAACUGGUUGAUUUUCGUGGAGAGAUAAAAUUUGAUCAAGUCAAAUUUAUCUAUCCAACUCGCCCAACAUCAAUUAUUCUUAACAAACUUCAAUUGAAUAUCAAGCCAAGUCAACAUGUGGCUCUUGUUGGUGGAUCUGGAUGUGGAAAAUCAACAAUUAUUCAACUGUUGGAACGAUUCUAUGAUGUUACAAGUGGUAAAAUACUUAUUGAUGGUAUUGAUAUUCGAAAAUUAAAUCUUCAAUGGGUUCGUUCUCAUUUUGGUCUUGUUAGUCAAGAGCCAGUUUUAUUUGAUUUAACAAUUGCUGAAAAUAUAGCAUAUGGAUUAGAGAAUGUUUCAAUGGAAGACAUUAUCAAUGCAACAAGUAGAGCUGACAUUCAUCAAUUUAUUGAACAAUUACCUCAGGGUUAUGAAACAAGAGUAGGAUUGAAAGGUAGUUUUCUGUCAGGUGGUGAGAAGCAACGUAUAGCCAUUGCUCGAGUUCUUAUUCGUCGACCUAAAGUAUUGCUCUUGGAUGAAGCUACAAGUGCAAUGGAUUCACGCAACGAACAAAUUGUACAAGAAGCUCUUGAACAAGCUCAAAGAGAAGAUCCCAGUCGAACAUCACUCAUUAUUGCUCAUCGUCUUUCAACUAUUCGUUCAUGUGAUUUGAUUUGUGUACUUGAUAGGGGACAUAUCGUGGAACGUGGUACUCAUAUAGAGUUGACACAACGACGUGGAGCUUAUUAUAAAAUGCUUGCUCAUGACAAUUUACAAUAA